AUGCACUUCUCUGGGUUCAGCUUGCAAAACUUAUAUGAAAAUUUUUUACACGCAGAGGAAUUGGUAAAAGAGAAAAGGAUGUUUGAUGCUGUAAUUUCUCUUGAGGUGAUUGAGCAUGUCGCUAAUCCUUUGGAGUUCUGCCAGUCUCUCUCGGCUUUGGCAGUUCCUAAUGGUGCCACUGUGGUUUCCACAAUCAACCGGUCAAUGAGAGCAUAUGCCACUGCAAUAGUUGCUGCUGAGUAUAUCCUCAGAUGGCUUCCUAAAGGCACACAUGAGUGGUCCAAACUGGUCACCCCCGAGGAGCUUGCCCUAAUGCUGCAAAAGGCUUCUGUCUCUGUGGAAGAGAUGGCCGGGUUUGUUUAUAAUCCGUUGAGUGGAGAGUGGUCCCUGUCAGAUGAUAUCAGUGUGAAUUAUAUUGCUUUUGGCGUCAAGAAAAGCGGAACACCGUCAACAGAUGGCGCAGAAGCAAGGUUACCAUAGUUGGAGAAAAAGAACUGACUUUGAACUAUUGUACAUCAUUUUCAUUAUGCAAUGAUGUUACUGCUGCUGCUGGGGCCUGCGGAGGCAACCAAAUAGCAGAAGAGAAUUUUCCCUAUCGUUUUCUGUUUUGCCUCGGAUAGAGGAGGGGCAUGGUUGGAGAUGAAGCCAUGCUGAGAAGUUGACAAAGGACAAGUCGCUAAUAUGUAGCUCUGUUCUCAUUGACUGUAAUACGAGCGAGCUUCAGACAGUUUUCUCAA